GCUGUGUGAACUACAAGUGCUGUGUUCUCCACAGCGGACGUUUUCGAACUUUUGCGAAAUCUUUUCGGCUCACUUGGCAGCUUCCUAGCAACAAAUGUUAUCUCGUGCAUUGUAAGAGCAAACAGACAAAGUUACGUUAGGAUAUUUCAAAAAGAAGGUUUUCAUAAAUGUUAACAACUUUGUGGCAUCUGAUUGAGGGUUGAUAUGUUAAUUUUAAUACUUUUGAGCAUUACAAACGAGAAUCUUCAGUGACACGCAAUACCUCAGCUUCAUAUUGUUAUCGAAACUCUGGUGUGGCUUCUCAGUAAAAGAUCAAAUAAACAAUGGCCGCACGAGCAGUUGGUUUUUUAUUCAUCUCUGCAGUUACACUCGCAGUCGUUGUAAACUUUGCAAAAAUAUCAGAAUUGUUACACUCUAAAAAUGGCGGAUAUUCAACGUGGACGUCAUGGAGCCGUUGCAGUCGAAGCUGCGGUGGAGGAAGGAAAGUUCGGACAAGAAAUUGCACAGCUCCAAGACCAGAAGGCCUAGGGAAAAGUUGUUUACAGCUAGGACCACCUUAUCAGUUAGAGAUUUGCAAUUCGAAUCAUUGUCCCAUACAUGGAGCUCCCGGUGGAUGGGGAGCAUGGGGGCCUUGUGACCACCAGUGUGGGGAGGGAACAAUGGAGCGCCGAAGGGAAUGUGACUCCCCGCAGCCCCAAUAUGGCGGGGCAGAAUGCUUGCAGAUGUAUCUAAUCGACAAGGCUUCAUGUCCAAAUCUAAAACCUUGCCCUAUCGACGGGAAAUGGAGUGACUGGAAAGAUCAACCAUGUUCAGUUACAUGUGGGGAUGGAAAAUUGAAAAGGGUGAGAGAAUGCAACAACCCCUCUCCCCAGAAUGGCGGAAAGGAAUGUGAAGGCAUAGCCGAAGAAACAAAAGACUGCAAACAAAAGGAGUGCCCUGUGCCCACGACCGCACCUCCAACUACAACUGUAGCUACAACCGCCAAGCCAAAAGAAGAUAAAAAACAAAUGGACGAAAAAAAAGAAGAGAAAGAUGGAGAAAAGAAAGAUGAGAAAAAAGAAGAGAAAAAAGAAGAGAAAAAAGAAGAGAAAAAAGAGGAGAAAAAAGAUGAUAAAAAAGAAGAGAAGAACGAAGAGAAAAAAGAGGAGAAAAAGGAGGAGAAAAAGGAGGAGAAAAGGGAGGAGAAGAAGGAGGAGAAAAAGGAGGAGAAGAAGGAGGAGAAAAAGGAGGAGAAGAAGGAGGAGAAAAAGGAGGAGAAGAAAGAUGAUAAAAUUGAGGAGAAGAAAGAAGCGAAGAAAGAAGAGAAAAAAGAGGAGAAAAAGGAGGAGAAAAAGGAGGAGAAAAAGGAGGAGAAGAAGGAGGAGAAAAAAGAGGAGAAAAAGGAGGAGAAAAAGGAGGAGAAGAAGGAGGAGAAGAAGGAGGAGAAGAAAGAAGUGAAGAAAGAAGACAAAAUAGAGGGAAAGAAGGACGAGAAAAAAGAGGAAAAGAAAGACGAGACAAAGGAAGUGAAGAGGAAUUAGACAAAGAGGGAGAAGAGCUAUCAUGAUAAUCAAGAACGCGACAGAAAAAAUUGACGAAAAAUGUAGAGAAAGUUUAAAAUAAAAAUGCUAGCUAAAGGUGGUUAAAAGUUGCACGUGACAUAAAAGCUAGAAAUAUUUUAUAGGAUUGAAAAUGUAGUUAAAAAAGACAAAUAAACCAGUUGUAUUUCUGUAGAAUAUUGUUUUAUUUAUUCCAAUGCAGAACGAUGUAAGUUUUUUAACAAAUGCAAAAGUUUGUAGUGUUG